AAAAAUAAAACAACCAAAGAAGGAGAAUAAAAAGCCAAUUCUCUCGUUUGCUCGUUUGAUCACUUCACUGUCUUCCUCUGAUCAGUCUGCUCUCAGAUUCCCCAUUGCCUUCAUCAAAACAAACCCAAAUUCCGCAGAGAAAGCCCUUGCAAUAUCGUCCACGGACGAUCAAACUAUGGCAGUUUAUUCUGGUGAAAAUUCAGUGGAGAGCAAAAGUUCACUCUCUGGAAUUGCUCCACUUGAAGCAGUACUAUUUGAUAUUGAUGGAACUCUGUGUGAUUCAGAUCCCAUUCAUUGCCAUGCCUUCCGUGAAAUGCUUCAAGAGAUAGGUUUCAGUGGAGGGGUUCCAAUUACUGAAGAAUACUACAUUGAGAAUAUUGGAGGCAGGCAUAAUGAUGAUAUUGCCAAGAUACUCUUUCCUGAUGAUUUCCAAAGAGGCUUGAAGUUCACAGAUGACAAGGAAGUCAUGUUUCGAAAAUUGGCCCCAGGACAAUUGAAGCCUGUGAAAGGCCUCCAUAAAUUGAGGAAGUGGAUUGAAGAUCGCGGGUUGAAACGGGCUGCAGUUAGUAAUGCUCCAAGACCAAACGCUGAACUAAUGAUCUCAAUUCUUGGCCUAUCAGAUUUCUUUCAUGCUGUUAUUCUCGGGAGUGACUGUGAACAUGUGAAGCCACAUCCAGAGCCCUACUUAAAGGCACUUGAAACACUCAACGCAUCAAAGGAUCACACUUUUGUGUUUGAGGAUUCUGCUUCAGGGAUUAAAGCUGGAGUGGCAGCUGGUAUGCCGGUUGUCGGCUUAACCACCGGAAAUCCAGCACAUCUACUAAUGGAAGCAAAACCUACCUUUCUCAUAAAGGAUUAUGAGGAUCCAAAGUUGUGGGCAGCAUUAGAAGAGCUUGAUAAGAUGGGUGGUACUGCUAUUUCUACAAGUGGAGCUUAAAACAUCUAUCAUCUGAAUCAAAUGAUUAGAAAUAAAGGAGUGAUUUGAAAGGCUAUUGCUGCCAUAUAUCUUGGUCCACUUAUAGCUGUUAAUUCUGGAAACAGUAUAAUUUUUCUGGUCAUAUAAUCAUAAAGUGUUAGUAGCUACAGAAAUUGGAAAUGCAGUCUUCUGUUUCACUCUAAGGAAGUGAGGGGCAGAGGCAUGGAUCUGAUUGAAAAGGUUGGAAAUGAUUCAUCAUGGAAAAUCAUAUUUUGAAGAUUUCAAACUAUUAGAUAAUCGUAAAUGAAAAUUUCUCUUGUGAUCA